AUGAACGUCGUUCCCGUUCAAGUCGUAUCACCGCGCCACUCUUUCUGUGGUGUGGCUGAGCACACCGCACUUUCGUUGUUCAAUCACAGAGGCACCAUUUACCUCUGCGACUCGUGCCUCUGCACAUUUGCACAGGCGGGUCAUUUGCAGCAGCAUCUGCAGCGCUGUAGUAAUGCCUUCUGGAUCCCGGGCGAUGAGGUUUAUAGAGACGAGGAGCGUCGUUUUUGUGUGUUCGCGCUCGAUGGUAGAAAGCCGCACUGUGCCGCUAUGUCACGGCGAAUUUGCUUGUUAUCAAAGCUGUUUCUCGUCGACAAGGUGACACUAGAUGAUGUUCACUUUUUCUCGUUCAAUGCGUUGUUCGAGGUCGAUGAUGAGGGGUUUCACUUCGUGGGCUACUUUAGCAAAGAAUGGACGAGCAGCUCGAGUUGUAUGAACACUCUAUCGUGCGUGAUGGUGCUGCCGCCUUUUCGAUCAAAAGGCUAUGGUAGCUUUCUAGUCCGGCUGUCCUAUGAAAUGGCAAGGCUGGAGGGGAUGGUUGGCACUCCUGAACGCCCGCUUAGCAAGAGCGGCAAUGCUCUUUUUCGUAAAGUGUGGCGCGAAGAGGUGCUGUUUGCCGUGUUUGCGCUCGAAGCACGGGGUUCCCCGGUCACCGUGGGGGAGCUGAGCAAGGUGUCAGGUCUUAUUGUUGAAGACGUGCUGGUUGCGCUGCAGGGCUUGGAUGUUCUUUUUAGCGUCGGUAAGCAAGGGCCCCUGCUUGUGGUUAACGCCUCGGAGAAGCCGAAGCUCCUGAAGCGGCGCCUUGCGGCUGAAAAGCUGUACUGGACCAGCGCGCCAUCGUGA